UCUUCUGCUCCUUUACCACAAACGACCGUUCUUGUCCUUCCCUUUCAACCAAGCGACUAACGCCAGAAUUCAAAUCUUCUACUCUCUCCCUCUCUCUCACGCUCGCUCGCUCCUAGAAGCAUGAAGCCCAAUCAAAGCUCAGAAACCUCGGAGACUCGGUUCUUAGGGACCAUAUCGGCCUCGUCGAUCCGAAACCUCCUUCCCAUAUCCAUCUCCAAGCACAAGUCCUACUCGUCAAACUCUAGACUCUCCAAAUUCAACGCCGAGAAUACUCCACCGAACGACCCAAAUAUCCAGACCGGUGAUUCCCGAUCCUUGCAUUCGGCGACCGAAUCUUUACCGUCCAAAAAAUUGAAUUCGCGUCACCCGAUCACUAGCGCAGCAGUGGCACCACUGGAUCCGCAGGAUGAGAUUGGAGGAUUGGACGGUCAGUGUGAAGUAUUGGCACCUCCGGAUCCACCGGUAAAGGUUGUGGUGAGAAUUAGACCUGAUAAUGAAGGGCAUCGGACGGUUAAGAAGGUCUCUUCGGACACAUUGUCUGUUGGAGAUCGGAAAUUUACAUUCGAUUCGGUUAUUGAUUCGAAUGCGAAUCAGGAAGAUGUAUUCCAUUUAGUUGGAGUCCCUUUGGUGAGAAAUGCUUUAGCUGGUUACAACACUUCCAUUUUGUCAUAUGGACAGACUGGAAGUGGAAAAACAUACACAAUGUGGGGUCCUCCAAGUGCCAUGGUUGAGGAUCCUUCAGCAAGUAGUCACCGGGGCAUUGUUCCUCGCAUCUUCCAAAUGUUGUUCUCCGAGAUUCACAGGGAGCAAGAGAACUCUGAAGGGAAGCAGACAAAUUACCAGUGCCGUUGCUCUUUUCUUGAGAUAUACGAUGAAAGAAUUGGGGAUCUACUUGACCCAAUGCAGCGAAACCUUGAGAUAAAGGAUGAUGCGAAAAAUGGAUUGCAUAUCGAGACCUUGACCGAGGAAUAUGUGACUAGCUAUGAGGAUGUGAUACAAAUCCUGAUCAAGGGCCUUUCAAGUAGAAAAGUUGGAGCAACUAGCUCAAAUUCUAAGAGCUCGAGGUCCCAUAUUGUUUUUACUUUCGUCAUCGAGUCAUGGUGCAAGGGAACCUCAUCCAAGUGUUUUAAUAGUUCAAAAACGAGCAGAAUCAGCCUUGUUGAUCUUGCCGGACUUGAUAGAAACAAAGUUGAUGAUGCGGGUAGACAAGGUGCAAGGGAAGACAAACAUUUAAAGAAAUCCUUAUCACAACUUGGGCACUUGGUGAAUAUUCUUGCAAAAGGAUCUCAGUCUGGAAAAUCUGAGGAUGUGCCAUACAGAGGUUCCUGUUUAACACAUUUGCUGCAAGAAUCAUUCGGUGGCAAUGCCAAACUCACAGUUAUCUGCGCCAUCCACCCAGAAAACAAAAAUAGUAGUGAUACACUGAGAACGCUCAGGUUCGGACAGAGGGUGAAAUUCAUUAGAAAUGAGCCGGUAAUAAAUGAAAUAACAGAGGAUGAUGUUAAUGGUCUGAGUGAUAAAAUUCGUCAGCUGAAGGAAGAACUUAUUAGAGCUAAGUCUAAUGCAUGUGUACCAAUAGGGACUCGAAAUGGAUAUUUUCAAGGACGAAAUGUACGUGAAAGCUUGAAUCAAUUGAGAGUAAGCCUUAACCGCUCUUUGAUUCUAGCCCCUAUGGAAAAUGAUUCUGAUGAAGAGAUAAAAGCUGAUGAAGAUGAUGUAAGAGAAAUUCGUCAGCAUCUAGAUAAGCUGCAUGGUUCUGAAGAGAGUAUUAGAGACACAUCUGUUAAUGGGGAUUCCAUUGAGUUUUAUUCGAUGGAUGAAACUUGUGAGACAGACAUGCUCGGUGCAGAAAGUAAAAUUGAAGAGAUCGGUAUGGAAAAGCCUUGGAGUGAGCUUCCUCAAAAGGCUGAUGAUGCUUUAGAAGAUAAUUUUGUAAGUGCUUGUAACACUUUAACAGCUGUUGAUCUUGCAUCCAUAAGGAGCAUUUCAAUUAGCUCAUGUUGUCAGUCCCCAGUCCUCCAAGACCCAACGUUAUCUGAAUCUCCGAGAAUUAGAAAUGCGAGGAAAAGCAUGAAUAUGACAAGUCUAGCAAGUCAGAACGGUGUGCCAGAAAGUUCAAAGUUAGACUUGGAUGUAUUAAGACAGUCACUUAAACAGGUUGAGCACAUCCGAUCUUCUUUGCAGUCAAGCAAGACAUGUACAGGCCCCACCGACACCUUGGCUGCUAGCCUACAAAGAGGCUUACAGAUCAUUGACUAUCACCAACGGAACUCAGCAGUAAACAAAUCUUCAGUUUCCUUCUCAUUUGAGCACUUGGCAUUGAAACCUUGUCCAGAAGUUGAUAAGGCACUACCAGAUGGGAAACCAUCUUCUUCUUUCAUUUGUGCAUCUUGCCGACAGAAAAUAUGUGAGAAGAGUUCUAAUGAGGUCCAGGAUAGCUUGAAGACAUGGAUUGUAGCAGUUGAUGAGGCAGAGAGUCCUACCCAACUGACAGAAGAAGUGCCAAAAGAUGCAGGUAAUGUAAUGAUAAAAUUUGUCAAGCGAGAAGUUCUUGAAAAUGUUUGUUUGGAGCAAGCUGCCAAAAUAGAACAGUUGAAUGAACUGGUAGAGCAAUACAAACGUGAGAAGGAAGAAGUGCAUGAUCAAGAAAGCAAUACACUUUGUCUCAAGGCUGCAGAGAGCAAAAUGGUACCAUUUAAGGAUGCCAUAAACAAUGAUUGUCAUGUACUGAAGGAGGACGAGCUUCUGAUGUGCAAAACUGUCGAGAAUGAAAAAUGUGAAGUAAAGGAAGUCAUUGAAACUGGGUUUGGGAACAGAUGUUUUGAUCUGAAUGAGAAGGAAGCACUUCUCGAGGAAAUUGAGAGGUUAAAAGGCAGGCUACAGUCAUAUUCUGAGGCAUCUCUUAACAGGUCUACAGAAAAACUGAGAUCCUCUUUGUUGUCCCGAUCGAUUCAACUACGAAAAAGUGUUGUAGAUCGUCUAGAUAGUGGUAAGGAAGAAGAAGAAGAACUAGAGAAGGAAAGACAGAGAUGGACAGAAAUGGAGAGUGAGUGGAUUUCUUUAACUGAUGAACUGAGAAUUGACCUUGAAUCACACCGGCGACGUGCAGAGAAGGUGGAGAUGGAGCUGAGCGUAGAGAAGAGGUGCACAGAAGAGUUGGAUGAUGCACUUCACAGAGCGGUCGUUGGGCAUGCUAGAAUGGUCGAACACUAUGCUGAUCUACAAGAAAAGUAUAAUGACUUGACUGCUAAGCAUCGUGCAAUCAUGGAAGGGAUAGCAGAGGUGAAGAGGGCAGCUGCAAAGGCAGGAAAGAAUGGUCAUGGAUCUCGUUUUUCCAAAUCCCUUGCUGCCGAGCUUUCUGCAUUGAGGGUGGAGAGGGAGAGGGAAAGAGAAAUGUUGAAAAAGGAGAACAAGAGUCUUAGAAUCCAACUAAGGGACACUGCAGAAGCUGUUCAUGCUGCUGGAGAACUUCUUGUUAGGCUGAGAGAAGCUGAACAAGCAGCAUCAAUUGCAGAGGAGAACUUUACAAAGGUUCAAGAAGACAACGAAAAUUUAAAGAAGCAAAUGGAGAAGCUCAAAAGAAAACACAAGAUGGAGAUGAUCACCAUGAAGCAGUAUCUUGCAGAGAGCAAAUUGCCAGAAUCUGCAUUGCAACCGCUAUAUCGAGAGGAUUCUGACGUUGCACACAGCAACACAUUCCCAUAUCCAGAUGAUGAUCAGGCAUGGAGAGCAGAAUUUGGUGCAAUAUAUCAAGAGCAUUACUAAUUCUCCAUACAAAGUUAAAAUCAGCUACUAAGAGAGUUGGAGGUGAUUGGCAUUUGUUGUGUGUUGGGUUUGCAUCAGGCGACCCUACUCGGGUCCAAGCAUUGUACAAAUCAUGCAACUCUUAUUUGUUGGUUUAAAACCUUUUUGUAUGUUUGGUGUGAUUAUGUUGAGAGGAAUUUAUUCUUUUUGUGACUCUUUCUGGAAAAUCAUGAAUUAUUCUUUAAAUAUAGGUGUGGGACUGCAGCCACUUUGUGGGUAAACCUUAGCAAGCUAAAAGAAAUAAAUGAGCUUUUGCAGUA